GGUUCUCGCUACUUCAGGGAAAAAUUAGUUCACUCGUCUUGGAGGAUUCUCCUAAAGAAAUGCUCCUGCAUGAUUCUCCUUUGUUUCAUGUUGAACGGAGGUUCAAGGCCAGACCGAGUCCGAGGUUCGAAUGCUGCCGUCCGUAGCUCGGCCUGCAAAAUGCAAAGGGCUCAUCAACGGCCUAAUCACACAGGCCCCCCGACACCUGGGAGAAAGAAGGAGACGGAGAAUUCCAGACGAAGAGGCUGCGGCAGGUGGAACGCAAAACGGCGCGGUGGCGUGUACCUCCUUCAUGAGAGAUGCUGCGAGAGUGGGAGCGAGACGGAGAGGAAGAAGGCACGAUAAGGUGCACACGUAGAGGGAGAGCGAGAGAAAGAGGCGGCAGACGCGGCGGCGGGAAAGAGAGGGUACGAGAGAAGAGCUCGCCGGUGGGAGAUGCCGAAGAGGAGGCCGAAGACGGCGAAACGAACGCGAACGGAAGGACCUGCCGGUCGGCAGGAGAAGGGAGCUCUAGGUUCCUCCGACCCAUGGAGGAGGAAAAGAUGGUGGAGGCGCUCGAGGAGGAGGUCAGGGAGGUGGGAGAAGCCGAAGAGAUGGGCCCGAGAGUGGUCUCCUCCAGGAGAGCUACAGUUCGACCACGAGUCCGACUCGGGCUUUAUCCCGGUUCGCGGAGAGAACGCGCGACGCGUCCUCGUCGGCCGCGGAUUUUGUGACGGUUUCGGCCUAGGAUCCCUCCCCUCCUGCCGGAUGGAUGUAGAUUUAAGUGGUGAUUAGGAUAAGUCACGGUACACGAGCUACGAUGCUCGCUCGUCGGGCAGGUCCGGUUGUGUGGUACCGGUUUAGUGACUAGCGAUCGUGGAUGCGGAUCUUCCCGGGUUUGCGCCCGCACAGUGCCCUCUUCUGGGUCCCCGGCUCUGGGAGACCUCUUCGGGCUCGAUGCCGGGAACGGCGAAUCGCGAGAUGAUGCCGGUACACCCUUGAGCCGGCGACUUCGAUCGGAGUCGGUGUCUAGAGCCUCCAGACCGCGGACGUCUGGUCGUUCUCGUAAACAUCGGGCAGGAGGAAUCCCCGCGACGAGGGCUCGACUCGGAGAUCCGAAGAGUCCGUCGAGUGCCGCCAUUAGGUAGCUGCCUAUCGGGCCGGCGUCGCCAUAAUUGGCAUCCUAGACGUCACUUGAACGACGACUAGUUAUAACUUCGUCCCGCAUUCUGGACCUCUCGACUCCCCCCGAGAAGCGCCAUCCAUCACCGCGGUUUUACCUGCAGGUCCGUUGAUCGUUCCUUGGUUUCUCUGCAGGGGCUUUAAUGGUCCACGAUGUGCAUCCGCCGGACCGGUGAAUCCCGAGAUCCCGAAGAACUGUCCUGCCGACUUGGACGAGGUCAUCGAGGUCCUCCAGGGACCCCCAGCUGAGAAACGGGGGGAGUCUCGUCCUGAACGGCCCACCUUCCGAUUCACCGACACUGGCAUCACCGUGACGACUCUACAGCUCAUUUAUCUUUGCGGUUUUACCACAAGGUUCUCCAAUAUUCCGUGGUUCCGCCGAACCCAUCAUUUCUGAUCCGGGUGGUCCCCACUGACCCAGGGUCUCGCUUAACCCGACGCCCACCGUCGUUGGGUUAAGUCGCCCGGUUCUGGGAGAGCUACCACGCGGGACCGAUGAAAAGACACCGGGGGAAGAUAAGAGCGCCGCCAGUCUUGCCCUGAGGAGCAAAGCCGGCGAGUUUCUACUUUCACCAGGACUUACACGACCUCCAAAUUUAGCAGGUCCUGCACGUCGCGGUCGCCGUGCCUCAGACCUUCCCGAAGAGACCAGUGAACGAAAAAUUGACCCAAUGGAGCCUGUCGCAGGUGGACCGAGUCAACCUCUAUUUUCUCUCCGUACCCUAGGAAGUGCCGGCACGGUUCGACCUCGUCUUCCGUUGGACGUCUCUUCGACGAUCGACAUUCAGUGAUUCGCCUACCGGCAUCGGGUCUUAGAAGAGGUAGUAGAGGAAAAUGGACCCACCAGGACCCCUCGUCCGAGACCCUCCGCAAGCUCCCAGGGUGGAGAACCGAAUAACACUCGUAUUGCCUGCCCUACCUCAACAAGUGCCGCCAUCAUUCAUCCACGUUCACCGGCCAGCACCUCUUCAACACUCGGCGGCUUGCAAUCCGUUAUCGCUGCACCGGACCUCGUCCUAACUCACCUCGAGGAAACGAUGCUGUUACCGUUUCCAGCGACCUCGUUGAUGCAGUUGUCGUCGACCUCGCCGUGGUCGACGAGGGCCGUUCCCAGGUUUGGAGGCGCUGCGAUCGGAAAGGACCCUCGACGUGGAGUGGAGGAUACCAGAGGAAAUCGAAAGUCACCUUUUGGGACUACUCGUCAAGGGGAAUCGAGAUCGGCGAGAGACUCUUCACCGAGGGACGUUUCUCGUUCCGGGGGAGGUCGCCUCGGACGCCACUUUGGUCCCGCCAGAAGAUCGCUACCGGUGCCUCCUGGACCAGGAUGCUCCAGGGCUCUUUCGACUUCGUGAGAGAGGUCCCUUGACUCCUGGGACGUCCUCGUAGAGGAAGGCUUCCCUGAAGAGUCGAGGUGGUUUCGCCUGGGAGAGGGGAGCCGGCCAAGACGGAAGGAGGGAAAACCUGAAAGAACGAGACAGGAGUGCGGGCUACCUUCGCGCGACAAGGACGGGAGCUUCGAGAGAGCACCGAGAUCUCCUUCCAGGGAGCAACUUCUUCGAGGCGCGGGAAGGGGAACAGGAUGCUGUCGAACAGCCAGACCGCUUCCGGGACCAGCGUUGCAUUUCAGGGUGCACCUUGCAGCCAGUGCAGAGAUCUUUGUCCUGGCGGCUAUGUUCCUCACUUCUGGAGAAAAGUCUGCAGAAGCUGCAGGUGUCCGAGAGAGGACCACCGGAGGGUGCCAUCGGACGCAGGCGCGGCUUCGAGCCUGGCCCUGAGCUCCAGCUCGCAAAUGGCCAUGGCGAUGGCCUUCCAGAGCGGCGGGAUAGGCCCUCACCAGGAGCCCUUCAAGAGCCCCGUGCAGGCGGCGGCACCCCCCGUGGCAGCUGCAGCUGCAGCGGUGCAGCCCCUUCAGGAAGCCCUGGUGCACCACCAGAGGCACUCCCAGAGCGACGACGACAGCGGAUGCGCCCUCGAGGAGUACACCUGGGUACCUCCCGGCCUGAGGCCGGAUCAGGUCCACCUCUACUUCAGCGCCCUGCCGGAGGACAAGAUCCCGUACGUGGGGAGCGCAGGUGAACGGGAGCGCGUGCGACAGCUGCUGCAACAGCUGCCACCCCACGACAACGAGGCUCGCUACUGCAGCGGCCUCUCCGAGGAGGAGAAACGCGAGCUCAGGGUGUUCGCCGGACAGAGGAAGAGGGAAGCCCUGGGCCGAGGACACGCCAGCCAGCUGGAGAACGCUCAUGGGACGGGAUGCAGGGAGUGCGGACGAGGGAUAGCCGCGGGGGAGAUGGUCGUCGGGGCCAGCAGAGCGGGUCCCUCGGCCCUCUGGCACCCUGGCUGCUUCGUCUGCUGCAUCUGUCGGCAACUCCUCGUCGACCUGAUCUACUUCUGGAGGGACGGUCGACUCUACUGCGGACGCCAUCACGCCGAGACUCUCAAGCCCAGGUGCUGCGCCUGCGACGAGAUCAUCCUCGCCGACGAGUGCACCGAGGCCGAAGGAAGGGCCUGGCACAUGAGGCACUUCGCCUGCCUCGAGUGCGAUAGACAACUCGGAGGUCAACGAUACGUCAUGAGAGAGGGGCGGCCAUAUUGUCUGCACUGCUUCGACGCGUCCUUUGCCGAGUACUGCGACAGUUGCGGAGAACCGAUUGGCGUCGACCAGGGCCAAAUGUCUCACGAGGGCCAGCACUGGCAUGCCACCGAAUUGUGUUUCUGCUGUGCUACGUGUAGAACUUCCCUCCUGGGUCGGCCGUUUCUGCCCCGCAGAGGUGCGAUCUACUGCAGCAUAGCGUGCAGCAAAGGGGAACCCCCGACGACGCCGAGCGACUCUUCGGCGGGACUUCCACCCCCGCCUCCGCCUCCGUCAUUUCCUAGAGCCGGCAGGAGGCAACCACCCCCCAGCGAAGGGUCCUCCAGUCCACCUCCUCCCCCGCCGUCGCUUGCCUCCUCGAGACACCCCAUGGGGUCGCCGAGGAACUCCCCGAGGAUGCCGAGGAAGCAGCAGCAUCAGCAUCAGCAGCAUCGACAGCAGCAACAGCAACAGCGUCGGUUCCAAGACUCCCUCUCGCUCGCGACGACGCCGACCCAGGGAACGUCCACCGUCGAUUUUCCUGGCGACGCCCUCGGCACUUCUGGGUCCAGGGCGAGUGGCCUCGACAGGGUCUUGCUCGAGAGGAACCUCGAGAGGCUGCUGCAAGAACGGAGCACCUUCACCGAAGAAGCCCACGGCGAGCUUGGGAGGUUGAUGCAGGCGAGAGAUCGGGAACCCCUGCGAUGUGCGCCGACCUCCGUUCCAAGCCACGCAUCGAGCAUGCCGGAACUGCUCUCCGCGUCGAUUCCAACGUCGGUUCCGGUUCCACCUUCGUCGCCCCCGCCACCUCCGCCCUCGCCACCUCCGCCUCCACCUCCGCCUCUUCCUGGACCGUCCCAGCAGCAGAACUUCGGCUCUUUCUCGGCACCUGGUACCAGCUCCUCCACGAGCAACCAGGCCGACCCGUCGACGCCGACGUCGAGACGCGUCCGAUUUCAGGGCGACGACCCGACGCUGGCCGUGGCUUCCACGUCGUCCAUGCCGACGGAGACGCGCCCUUCGCCUUCGUCACCUGCCGGAGCCAGGGUGCCUCGAUCCUGGAGCCUGCAGCCGGAGGAAGUUCCUAGCACCUCGUCCUGGGGUGGAGGCGCGUCGAGCAGGUGCAGGUCGAGGGCGGACGAUCAGGAGAGCUGCUGCUCGACCUGCAGCACGUCGAGCAGCUCCGACGAGGCCACGGCGUACACCUUGCCACCUAGAAGAGCUUAUGGAGGAGUCAGGAUAUCCUACGUGCCGAACGACGCGGUCGCCUGUGCUCGUCGAAGAGCUCCGUCGCAGUCCUCGCCCCAGUCGCACCAGAAGGACGAGAAGUGCGUCGUCUCCUGAUCGUACCUGGCCGUCUCGACGCCUAUUUAUUGCACACCCCGCACUUCCUCGAGGGCGAUGUCGCAUCCGGAGACUACGAGCACCUCGGCACGGGACGUUCCUCAAAAAACCCCGUCGACGUGCCUUUUGCAUACCUAGGGCUCACCGGACUUCGCUUUCCUCGAAGAAGACGAACCAGCCGUGCCUGUACAUACUUUACACUGCAGCGGGACUGUUUAUGACAUUGCCAGUGAUUUUUUUACGCCGGAAACUCAUGUACAAACGUCAUUGUAUGCUGGUGAACGCGAACGUCUUCCCUGUCGGUAUGAUUUCUUCAGGGUACGAAGGGAAGGCGUACAUAGCCAUCGUUGUACCUGCGACCCUGUAUCCUGUACAUACGCGACGACGCCACCCUCGCCCAAUUUCCUAGCGAGAAGGGACUUAUUAUUAAUUUCCGACGCGACCUUGGCAUCGUUGCUCCCAUUAUUAUUGUUAUUAAUAUUAUUAUCGAUCCCAUUGCCACCAGUACGACUGUUUUCAUUUGCAUCCCUCCGGAAUCUCGGUACAUUUUCCGCGGUUUCUGUAGAUUAAUUUACUGUCCGAGGGAGCCUGUCGGGCGUUGAAGUCUCCCGGCGGAGGAAACGACGUAACGUCUUGACCUUAAAUAAUUAUUUAAUUUUUCAUUCUCUCAAUGAUGAAAUUUAUGGCCCAGGGAAGGAUUACUUUCUUUCACUGAAACAGAUCAAGUUGCGACUCAUUGUUCGGCCUGGAAUUAAUUUGUAGUCACCGUAAUGACGAGUGAUUUCAACGCUUGGCAGGCGCCAUUGGAACUGUAAUAAUGAUCGUUAAUGUAACGGCCGAUAAGUGAAAGCCAACAAUCAGAGCGAAGAAAUCGCGAGGAAGAAAUCCUACAUUGUUUUAAUUUAAAUUAUGGUGAUCAACCUGCGUGUAGUUGUACUUCUUGAAAUCCGCGAAACGCGAUUUCGGAAAGUAUCGAAAUUUCUUCGGGAAGGAAAAUAAUCUCAAGUGGUCUGGAUUUCUGGAUUUCCGGAUUCCUCUCGUUGAAUCAAUUUCUGAGUUUUUUAAAGGACAAUAUCUAUAAAUCGCUUCAACGGUCUGAAAAUUUAACGGCGUCCGGUUUGUACAAGAGCGAGUAAUGUAAAUGGAGUAAUGGUAAUGGAUAAUGGCUUCACUCGGAAUCCCCGAAGAAUAAACGAAAACGUUCCCAGCCAAAGAAA